GCAGAGCACAGAUUGCAGUCUAAUUUGCAUUUUGAAAAUUUUAUGUCGAUAUAACACUACUUUGUGUCUCAAUGUGCGCCAAAAAUGGUAUUGCUUCAAAUAAUGAAGUCGUUGCAAUCUUUAAUCGCAUGAGAACACAUGUGGUUCUCUUUUGCACACCUAAGCCAAUGCCUGUAAAAUAAAAAGCCAAGUAAAUAUGUAAAAGUGAUGUUAAUUUUGUGAAUUCACCUCAGGUCAGCUUCACUUACUUGUUAGUUAAAAAAAAAAAGAAGAAAAUGGUUGUGCGGUAGCCGACACUGCUGCUAACUUUUUGUAUGGCAGCUGAGUGUGACUGCCGGCAGGUCUUUGGUCCAUUAGUGGGAGUGUGUGAGUAUUCCUGGGUUGUGUUUGAACUGUGCCCUGCAAUAACCCCAGUAAAUCAUUACCUGCAGGUUGUGAUGAGUGAGCCUGUCUUCACUGCCGCUCGCUGGACAAAACAAUGCUUGCAUCAGACUUCGGUAGACGGUCCUAAUUGCUUCAUCUUAAAAAUACAAUUGCAGCAAAUAUUAGUGUCUUAUUUUACAUUCCAUUUUGUAGCAGCAUGAUUUCACUUUUAAUUUUUUAUUCUUUUAAGCAUUUGUUCACUUGUCAAAAUUAGGCAAGAAUUUGUCUCGGUCGUGUGAAAGGUGUUGCAAAAUGUAACGACUCUGUGCUCUUCUUGUUAAAUAAUACAUUUUUAAGCUCUUGUUCUCACAGCGAUCCAAAUCAAAAGGGACACAUAAAACUCCUCAUCAGACCGUUCCAUUUUAUUGUGCCUCAAGGGGUGGACAGUACCCUUUUUAAUUUUAUUAUUAUUGUUAAUAUUUAUUUUUAUUUUGAAACCACCACUGCUUCAGGAUGCCAGCUAUCACAGAUGUUUUUUGAAGUUUUGGAUUAGAGCUAUUAUCAGAACAAGCACAGACAAAAAGAGUGAAACAAGUAAAGCAGAAGAAGCUCUUAAAUAUUGCCUGCCCGGCCUCUCUCUCUCUCUCUCUGCCUGACUUAAGUAGGCUGCAUCCAUCGCCCACCCAUGAUACAUUUUACUCCCCAAACAGCACCAGACGGCUCUCAUUUUCCUCUUGCAAAUGGAGUUCCUCCCUGGCUUGCGCUCAUGCACUCACGCAUUCACUGGGCCAGCACUGGAUGCUGCACAUACAGCUGGGCAGGAUGAAAAGGUUUCCCACAUCAGGGCGGAGUCUGGGUAUGGCUCAGAAUCUAGUCUGAGGCGUCAUGGCUCCAUGUUGUCUCUCACCUCAGCAGCCAGUGCCGUGUCUGCCACAUCCACAUCCUCUUUCAAGAAGGGACACAGGCUGUGUGAGAAAUUAGCAGAAAUGGAGACCUUCCGGGACAUUCUUUGCAGACAAGUGGACACGCUGCAGAAAUAUUUUGACUCCUGCGCUGAUGCGGUCUCCAAAGAUGAGUUUCACAGGGACAGAGUGGAGGAGGAUGAAGAUGACUUCCCUGCAGCCUCAAGGCCAGACGGUGAAUGUUGUUACAAUAACGGAAGCAAAGAAAAACUGUUCGCCCCGGCUAGUCCCAAAGGCAUCAAUGGCAUAGACUUCAAGGGAGAAGCCAUCACCUUCAAGGCCACCACGGCAGGCAUCCUGUCCACUUUGUCACAUUGCAUUGAGCUGAUGGUCAAACGUGAGGACAGCUGGCAGAAAAGGUUGGACAAGGAGCUGGAAAAAAGGAGGAGGGUAGAAGAUGCCUACAAGUCUGCUGUGCAUGAACUGAAGAAAAAGUCACACUAUGGAGGCCCGGACUAUGAGGAGGGGCCCAACAGUUUGAUCAAUGAGGAUGAGUUCUUCGAUGCGGUUGAAGCUGCGCUUGACAGACAAGACAAGAUAGAAGAGCAGUGCCAGUCUGAAAAGGUCCGGCUCCCUCGACUGACUCCCGUUCCUCCCGGUGACGUCUACUCAAGCAUCAGCACACACAGAUUCGCUACCAAGGCACGUAGUCAUUGCUCUUCCCUGUCCUCUCUCGAGCUAGUCAGUGCUUCAGAUGACAUUCACAGAUUCAGCACUCAGGUGGAGGAGAUGGUGCAGAAUCAUAUGACGUACUCGCUUCAGGAUGUGGGCGGAGAUGCCAACUGGCAGCUGGUCAUCGAGGAAGGAGAGAUGAAGGUGUACAGGAGAGAAGUGGAAGAGAACGGGAUCGUUUUGGAUCCCCUCAAAGCGACGCAUGCUGUCAAAGGGGUGACGGGACACGAGGUGUGUCACUACUUCUGGGACACUGCAGUGCGUUUGGACUGGGAGACCACCAUUGAAAACUUUAACGUGGUCGAAACACUCUCCGACAACGCCAUCAUCGUUUAUCAGACACACAAGAGGGUGUGGCCAGCCUCUCAGAGAGACGUGCUCUACCUGUCAGCCAUUAGGAAGAUUCUGGCAACCAAUGAAAAUGAUCCUGACACCUGGUUGGUGUGCAACUUCUCUGUGGACCACGAAAAUGCGGCUCCUUCCAAUCGCUGCGUUCGAGCCAAAAUCAACGUUGCCAUGAUCUGUCAAACACUAGUCAGUCCACCAGAGGGCGAUAAAGAGAUCAGCAGGGACAACAUCCUGUGUAAAAUCACCUAUGUGGCCAAUGUAAAUCCCGGUGGUUGGGCGCCAGCCUCGGUGCUCAGAGCUGUCGCUAAGAGAGAAUAUCCCAAGUUCCUCAAACGUUUCACCUCUUAUGUCCAGGAGAAGACUUUGGGGAAGGCCAUUCUGUUUUGAGAGGAGGUAAAGGCAGAUCCUUCGAAAGACGACAGCAUGCGACACGUGUCCCGCCCAGGACGACCAAGGACCCCCUUAAACACGAGAGACUGCUUGUGUGGCUUGAGUCCAUCAGUAUUUGUCCUUCUAGCUUAACAUCCGUGGGUCCUUUUAUACGUAAGGUUUCCUCCUCAGUGGUUUUCAAAUGAUUGUUAUUCAUGUUUGUGCUUAUUUUGUAGAUUGUUUUGUACAUUUCUUAUGAUUACGUACUUGUUGUCUUUUGGGGCUAACCAAUAGCAUUGACGCUACUUGUUUGCUGCUGCUAAAUAGAGGUGAGUGAGUGAGUAAAUGAGUGAGUGAGUGUUUUUCGCUUUCCGCCCUUCUGUUGACAACCCAGCCCGCGGUCCGAUGGAGGGCGAGCACCUGAAGCUUUUUUUUGACCGUGUUUCUCUCCGAAAUCUUUAUAUUUGUACGGCUUUUCCGGAGAGCAACCCGUGGGACACGACGUAUUGUACGGACAAACCACACACGUAGUUUACCAAAGUGACAAAUGUGAAUUGACUGUUAAAACGCUUGAAUUAGAUGUCUCAUUGACAACAGAUGCUAUGUCGCAGCUUACCAGCUCGCACCUGGUGGCCAGUUUGGUUGCCAUAUGGUUGCCGUAGUGGCUCAUGGUGUAAAGAUUCCUCUCUUUAAUCAAGAGUUAAGUAGGUUUCUUGAUUUUUAACGCGUCCCCAGCGACUUGUAGUCAGCCUAAGAAAUGUCGGAAUCAGUUAUUUUUGUCUUCGUGCACAUUGAGUAUAUCACUUUGCCUCAAACUUAGCAUUCCAGCGCUACUAUUUCAUUUCGUGUGGCACACUACAGUGUACAGUGACUGAUAAUGAUUAAUUACGCCCGGGGAUGCCUUCGACACCAGCAAGAUUCUGGUCAUUACUAUACAACCACCACAUGUGCAUUUAUCAACAGUGACGGCAAGUGAGUGAGUUUUUGUGUGGUUGGGGGUGCGGAUGGGAGGUUCAGCAUUUCACAUCAUGAUCAUACCUCAACAUUCAAAACAACUCUGGGUUGUUUUGCAUUUGUUAAUGUUGUCAUGAAAUUUUUUUUUUUUUAAAUCUUGUUGGGGCAAUUGCCCUCGAGUUGGCAGAUGUUAAGAAGGAUUUUGGAUGACUAAUUUAUAAGAUCUACGCACCAUGUCCGCCGAAGAAUAUAGCUAUUGUUUUUAAUUUUGAUAACGUGUCACUAAUCCACACACUUUGUAUCUGUGUAAGUUGUACAUCAGAAGUGUUAUUAUUUGCACUAAAUGUAACGCAAGUUGACAAUGUCAUGUAAAUUAAAAUUGCUACACAACAGAA